AUGUCAAUUAUUGUCACUGGCCCACAAAAUCGGCAGCGUUGGGCGACAGUCUUUCCUAGAGAGCAAAUGAUGUCAUUCACCGAAACGGUGCACUGUGGACAGUUCGGUCAUGGUACUGUUAAAACGGUAGACGGGCUGUUAGCUAGCGUUUCUGGGAUGAAGAUGCAGUACAGUCAAUUGUAUGUGGUAGAAGCUCAUAAAUCGAAAUAUGUUGCCAAAGUUGGAGAUGUUGUUGUUGGGCGUAUUGUCCGUGUUAAAAGGGCACGAUGGAUGUUUUCCCAUUUGCCUCGGAGGUUUGUUUUCAGAAUGAAGAGGUUAGACGAAAUUGCGAUGAGAGAGCAUCUAACUGUAGGCGAUUUAGUUAGUGCAGAAGUUCAGCAAAUAAGAACAAAAGGAAAAGCACUUUUACAUACAAGAAAUCUUAAAUACGGUAAACUCGGACAGGGGAUCAUGGUCAGGGUUUGUCCAAGUUUGGUGAAACCUCAAAAAGCAUAUAUGCAUGAAAUGUUAGAUGUUGGUGUCAUUAUUGGCUGUAAUGGCAUAGUAUGGAUUUCGGCCGUUUUAUGCUCAGAAUUCAUUCAUUUAUUCGUGCACGAAAUUUCUUUUGAAAAACGGCUUCGUAUGGUUAGAUUGGCUACCUGUAUCCAGAUGCUUGCGAAGAAUCUUAUUUGCAUUUACGAUGUUUCCAUACUGUCUGCAUAUACCGCUUCACUUUGUUAUCAGGUUAGUGUUAUACUUACCUUGUUAUCACUAAAGGCAUCCUUGUUUAUUCGAAGUUUUCUGUUAGUUAGAAGAUGGAUCCGAAUUUAG